AUGGAGACGCAAGGACGCAGCAUCCCGCCGCUGAGGUCAUUGACCUUAGACCUCCCUCCCAGCUGUAUCGAGUUUUGCCCAGGUCAACCGGAGUAUUUUGUAGUUGGUACAUACAAUCUACAGAGGGGAAGCGAAGAUCCCGGCACGGUUGCCGGGGUCGAUGAAGAAACCGACCAGCAGGCAACGAAGUCCGUGCAGACUCGGGAUGGGAGUCUCAUUCUCUUCAAAUUAACAGGGGCAGAUGAAAUACAACUUGUACAAACCGUUCCUUAUCCUUCUGCGAUUCUCGAUCUUCACUUUCAUCCUGGAAGAGAAGGAUGUACUGUUCUAGCUGUGGUCUCUAGUACUGGAACCCUUUCGUUUUUCAGGCUUUCUAGUUCGGAAGGGUCUCAAAUCUCUCUAAAGGAGAUUAUCACACAUCGACCACUCGAUGUUGAAGAAGGAAUCCUCUUCUUAUCAUGCUCAUGGCAUCCACAUAUUCCCGAACUCCUUGCUAUUACGACUUCAGACUAUCAGGUUCACAUCAUACAAGUCGACGAUUUCUGGAACGUCCACCAAACGAGUACAGAACCGGUUAUUACGCAUACUUUAGAGGCUUGGACGGUGGCGUUCUCGCCAUUGAAACCUAGAGAUUUUCAGCAGCUUACAAUAUUCUCCGGUGGAGAUGACUCAAAACUUUUUGCCAGGAAGUAUGCUUUUAAUCCAAAACGGAUUUGUGGCGAAGAUGACUCGAUCGAAACCCUCUAUUCCCCAAUCUCCAUAAGAGGUCAUGAAGCAGGAGUUACCGCUAUCUUGCCCCUGGAUAUACAAUUUGACUCGCUCAAUUCUGUGGUUAUUACUGGAAGUUAUGAUGACCAUAUAAGAGUAUUUGCCAUCUAUGACAACGACGUAAUUCUUUCAAACGCUGGUUUAUUAGCAGAAGAAAACUUACAAGGAGGAGUGUGGAGGCUCAAGCUAAUUGACUUACAAAAAACAAUAAGGGAGAAAGAGGGAGAUCGAUGGACAGCUCUCAUUCUUGCAUCAUGCAUGCAUGCGGGAUCAAGAAUUCUCGAAAUCACAGGUGAGACAGAAACGAGGUCUUGUGAUAUCAAAGUCCUCGGUCGUUUUGAAGAGCAUAAGAGCAUGAAUUACGGAAGUGAUUUUCAGCCAGGAUCUGAGAAGGGAGGUAGGAAGCUUCGGUGUAUCUCGACGAGCUUUUAUGAUAGGCUUUUGUGUUUAUGGGAAUACUAG